CACGACAAGAAUGCAUCAGUCAGUGCAUCUGAGCUGAGAUCGCAUUACAGACCUACAUACAACAUGUUGAAACUGGUGGUGUUGUCCUGCAUCGUGGCCGCGGCAUCAGCAGCCUUGCUGGCUCCCUUCGCGCCUCUAGCCUAUACAGCGCCUAUCCUGGCGCCGUAUGGCAACUAUAGGGGGCCGCUGUCCCUCGCUCCCGGCCAGCCCGCCAACAUCCUCGCCGCCGACGGCAGGCCGCUGGACACCCUGGACGUGAACUUGGACCGCUCUGCUCACCUCACCGCCAAGGCGCUCGAGGGUGGCGUGCACCUGCUCAAGAAACGGUCGGCUGCCCUGAUCGCGCCGGUCGGCCACGUGGCGGUAGCUGCGCCCCUGGUCCACGGCGCGCGACUCGCCUACACCGCGCCCGUCAUCAGCUCACGCCUGGCAGUGGCUCCCGUCGCCUACGCAGCACCCAUCGCUCACUACGCUCAUUGGUAAAUUGUGGCAUAAGUAGAAAAUAAUAUGCUGCUCACUCUGUAAAUACUAAAUACCUUCAUGUAUUAAAUCAAAUUGGAAUGUA